CAGCUAGAGGUGCGCUGAUCAUUGGUUCGGUUGGGCUAUUGAUCUUCCUUCAAGGUAACACUUCUUUUCCUAAAUCAUCCGUCUCUGAAUUGAAAAUGAGUUCGUCGUUCCAAAGAAACAAUGCGUUGCAUACAGUGCAUAUUGCGAUUAUAGUUUCCCUUUCAUUCUAUCGUUGCCCUUAUUCGAAGUUCUGCUGCAGAUACACCGGCUUACCACGCUCAGCAACCAAUAUCUCCAUCCUCACCACAACACAAUCUUCAAUCGCUGCCGAUCUAGAUGCAUUCGAGAAGGCCAUCUGGUUUACUUCCUCUUACUUAAUUGCCAUGUCUUCUCUUGCUCCCUUGAUGGGCCGUUUAUCUCAGGUCUUGAGCGCGCGACUUUGCAUGUUCUCGUCUACCAUCCUCAUGUGCGCAGGAUCAAUUGUUACUUCCACUUCGGCUUCUUUCAAUAUGUUCAUUGUCGGGCGCGUUUUGACUGGCGCGGGUGGCGCGGGCAUACUCAUUGUUGCCAUCAUCCUCGUCAUACAGAUGACCAGCGCGAAGCGGCGAGGACUGUACAUUGGCCUCGCGAAUUCCGGUAUGACCGUUGGAGUCUCGCUCGGGGCUGUCAUCGCGGGUGCCCUAGAGCCUAAGAUUGGAUGGAAACCUCUCUUCGGCAUCCAAGCCCCUCUCAGCAUCCUAGCAGGCUUCGGCCUCCUGUUCAGUAUUCCGGCAAACUUCAACGAGAAAAACAACCGCUACAAGCACCUCACCACCCGCAACAAGCUGGCGCGAGUUGACUAUUCCGGCGCCGUCUUGCUGAUUGUCACCAUCGUACUCUUCCUCCUUGGUCUCUCAGGUCCACGUAUUCUGGCUAUACCUCUUAUACUAUCUGCUCUCGCUCUUCCCCUGUUCAUCCUGAACGAGAUUUACAUCGCCAAGGAGCCGGUCAUCCCCAUUUCAGUCCUCAGAUCUCGCGGUACCCUCCUCACCUGCCUUGCCACCGUAGGCUUCAUGAUGGCGAGAUGGUGCGUCCUGUUCUACACGCCCGUAUAUGCGCUCGCCGUGCGCGACUGGAAGCCUGCUGUCGCCGGCUCUAUCCUCAUCCCCACCAAUGCCGGAUUCGCUAGCGGUGGCCUCCUAGCAGGGAUUUUCCACAUUCGUCGAGACGGCAGCUUCUACAUGCACACACUCAUCUCAAUGGCCUUAUUCCCAGUCACGCUUCUCAUCUUGGCAUUCAUAUCCACCGCCCACAGCGCCUGGGGUAUGUACGUCCUCAUGGUCUUCUGCAACGGUGCACUCGCCGGCGCAUCGCUGAACUACGCGCUUGUUCACCUCCUUCAUCUGACGCGCCCAGACGUGCACCCAAUCGUAUUGUCUCUUCUCGCGACGUUCCGCGGAUUCGCCGGCAGCUUCGGGUCUGCGAUUGGCGGCGGGUUCUUUGGAAGAGUACUCCACAAGUCGCUCGUUGAUGGAUAUGCCAAGGCCGGCUUGGAGGACCGCGGGGACCUGAUUCGGAAGCUAUUGGGCAGCCCAGCGCUCGUUGGCACUCUGAAAGGGACGGAGAAGGAGGUUGCGGUCCGCGCGUAUGAGGAUGGCUUGAAGGCGCUGUUCCUGGGCGGAGUGGGGCUUGCUAUUAUCGUUACUCUUGCUCAGGCGAGCACUGGGUGGAAAGGGCCGACGAAGGAGGAGCAGAUAGAUGUGGAGGAAGACGUGGAGGGCGAACAGGCUUUGGUCGCUGGAUCUUAGCCUGGAAGCGGAGCAGCG